UCCUCUGAUUGUGUCAUGCAACGGGGCUUACGCUCGCUCUCACAACAAGCCGAACAAAGAUCUUUCUGGCCGUCUUCCCCGUUUCCCCCAGAGCUGUUGAAGAAACGACGUUUUCAGACAGGCUGUAACCUUGGCAAACAAAAUGGACUACAGGAGUGCCUUGGAGGAGUAUAAAGAGAUGGCUCUACUGUACAUAGAGGAGGCUCGGCGCUUUGUGAAUUCUCAGUGUGCUGGUCUGGAGCCAUGGCAGAUCAUUGCAACCACUUUGCUGUUCACACUUGGUGUGGUGUGGCUAAAGGGCUUCCUUUUCCAACCAGAGAGUCUGACGUCAAGGGUAAAGAAGCAGUUCUUUAAAAUCAUCAGAAAAAUCCCCUUUAUUGGAGCAGCGAUUCAAGAUCAGCUCAACAAGGCAUUGGAUGACAUGUCAGUGAGUCUGUGCACGCUGAAGGAAGGCAUGAGCUACACCAAACUCCUGCCUGCGCAGGGCCUCACCCACAAACAGCUCCUUGACAAGAUCAGGGAGUAUGAGACACUGAGUGAGGUAGACUGGGCAAAAGGCAAAGUGUCAGGCGCAGUCUACUGGGGGGAUGAGAAGCUCACAGAUCUCCUGGUGAAGGUGUAUGGGGAGUUUGCCUGGUCCAACCCCCUCCACCCAGACCUGUUCCCUGGGGUUAGGAAGAUGGAGGCAGAAGUGGUGCGGAUGACGUGUGCCCUCUUUAAUGGAGGCCCAGACUCCUGUGGCACAGUUACUUCAGGUGGAACAGAAAGCAUCUUGAUGGCAUGCAAGGCCUACAGAGACAUGGCUCAUGAACGUGGCAUUAAACACCCAGAGAUUAUUGCACCACUGAGCGUCCAUGCAGCGUUUGACAAAGCAGCACAUUAUUUUGGGAUGAAGCUCAUUCACAUACCUCUAGACAAGAAGACCAUGAAAGUCGAUGUGAAGGCAAUGAGGAGGGCCAUCUCUAGAAACACAGCAAUGCUGGUGUGUUCAGCACCUCAGUUCCCCCAUGGAAUUA